AUGCAAUCGGGUCCGCUCUCUUCCCCCAAAGAAAGGGCUCAGCAGCUUGGCCUCACCAUCCACCCUUCCUCUGCCCCCACCCCCAGCCCUACCCGCACUGUCGCCUCUGGCAGAAAGGGGGAGAAGUCUUUUGGGGGGCUGUUUCUCCGCCACAUACACACACUAUGCCCAAGCCCCGGGGGCCCACACUCCUGUCUUGUAGGAGAGGUGGCACAGCCUUGGUGCUGGAGGAGAAGCAAUUAUAUAACUCGCGUUAGGGGCUCCUGGAAGAUGGAAGGAGGUGCGGGUUCGGCUGGGGCUAUGUUGGCUAGGAUGCCUGGGGCGGGGGUCAGUGGGGGGUGCACGACUACGCCCCGGGCGUCCCCCACCCGGGCGAAGAGCAAACACGGCGCGGGGCAGGAGUGGGUGGAGGGAGAGGGGGAAGGUUCAUCCCGAAAAAGGGAGGGGGAAGAGUGCGGAGUGGUUGCCUGGCCAACGCAAAGUGGUCGGGAGCGACCCGCCCGGCUUCUCCCACAAACCAAUGAACGGCUGCGGUUCCAGGGCAGCGGAGGCCAAUCGGAAUCCGAAGAGAGGGCGCGGCUUUUGACCAUAGUGAGCGGGCCUCCCUCCCCCUCGUGCUGGGGGCUGGGACUAGGGGGCGGGGCCUGGGGCAAGAGCUCGCGGGACCUGGAUUACCAUAGGUCAUGUGAGCGCCCAAGAUGGCGGCUCCCAGGCGUGAGCACCGGGAGAAUCAGUGAGCGGGCGGCCGUGGUCGCAGCGCGUGGAGACGCACGCGAGGGCUACAGGAUGGCAACUCAUACAUAUGUUCAGUCAGAUCCUUCUCCAGAAGAAAUAAAACUCGGAAGAUUAAGAACUAGUGACCUUGUGAAAAAAAAUUUGUGGCGUCUCUCCAAAACAGAACAGAUCACAUAUACUUAUGGACCACUGUUUUUGGCGACAAAUUCAUCUUUAAGUGGAUUCUUAGCAAACUACUUUUUCAGGCGUUAUAUGAAGGUUAAACAGCAUCCUUUUAAAACAUUUGUGCCAUUGUCUGCAAUUCCAUUUUUGACCACUGAAGUAACUUAUAAGUUCCUUGUAACAGAUCCCUUAAGUUCUGGUGAUUUAACCGCAGACAUGAGUAUUUUGAGAGGUGCCUGUGUUUCUGUGUUAUGUGGUAUCUUUCAUCCCUCUGCUUUGGCCUUUUUAAAAAAUGGGCGUCUGGCAGUCAAGUAUGAAACUGUUCCAUUGCCUCCAAGAGGAAGGAGUUUACACCACUGGACUACAUUUUGUCAACCCGCUGCAAGGCUAAUGAUUAUUCCCAUGAUCAUUCAGAUUGUGUCUGGAGGAUAUCUUGCUUCCAUGCAACAUGAAAUAUGUGAGAGAAUAUUUGAAAUGCUUGAACAUGACUGACUUAAAAAUUAACCUUUUAAUGUAUAUGAUGCAGUUUGGAGCAUUUCACGAAAGAGUUGAAUGUAAAUCAAGCACAAGCAACAUAAUGUAUAAUACAUGUACAAAUUAAAAUUAUGUGAUAUCCUUGACUAAAA